AUGGCGUGGUGUGACAUCGGAAACAACACCAUUUCUGGCAAUAUCCCUCCUGAAAUAGGCCGUUUGACAAGAUUACGCCAUCUAUAUUUGCAAAACAAUUCAUUACAUGGUGAAAUUCCUGUCAAUCUAUCGUUGUGUAGUAACCUCGUUGAGUUAUGGGCGUACAAGAACAAUCUUGUGUGUGUUCUUCCAAGGGAGCUUGGUUUACUUACCAAACUCAAAUAUUUUGAUUUCAGUUACAACAAGCUCAUUGGUGAAAUCCCGAAAUCUUAUGGUAAUUUCUCAAGUCUAUUGGAAAUGUACCUUUUGGAUAAUGAUCUCGAGGGUGAAAUCCCCGAGGAGUUUGGGAAAAUGAAGAGUUUGGAAAUAUUUGACGAGGACUUUAAUAGGUUAUCUGGUAGAAUUCCGAGCUCAUUCUACAAUCUUACCCCCUUGAAAGUCAUUGAUGUGUCAUUUAACCAACUCGAAGGUUCCCUUCCACAACGAGGCAUCUUUGAGAACGCGAGUGUAGAUUCAUUCAUUGGAAAUCCUAGAAUCUGUGGUGGUAUACCUGGCUUGAAACUUGCCAAUUGCAAUUUCAGUCGUUUAAAGAAAAUAAACUUUAAGCUUGUUAUUUUAGUAAUAUUAGGAAUUCUGGGGCUAGUUGUUAUAGUUUGUGCUUUGUUCUUCUAUCGAUUCGGAAGGUCCAAAAGAACAUUUCCUUCAUUAGAUAACAAUCUAAAUCAACUCAUAGCUAUGUCCUAUCAAAGUAUACUCAAAGUUACCAACGAGUUUUCUACGAGCAACUUGAUUGGUGUUGGGAGUCAUGGAUAUGUUUAUAAGGGAAUUUUGGAAACGAAUGAGACUUUAGUGACUCUGGAUGCAACGACAUUAACUCAAUUACUGCUAUAUGAGUAUGGUAUGGGAAGUGAGGCAUCAACGCAAGGUGAUGUGUAUAGUUUUGGUAUCGUCUUGCUUGAAAUAUUAACCGGAAAAAGACCAACAGAUGACAUGUUUGGCGGCGAUUUAAACCUUCAUGAUUUUGUUAGGAAUGCCAUGCCUGAUGGAGCAAUUGAGAUAGUAGAUCCAAGGUUGAUGAGAAGACAAAAAAUGAUAGAGGGUUUAAUCUCCUUACUUGGAGUUGGUAUUGAUUGUUCAAUGUAA